GAGAGAGAGAGAGAGAGCUUCGGUUUUUAUUUGUCUCUGUUGUGCAGUGCAGUGAUUUCUGAGUUCUCUGAACGGUUUGGAAUGUGAAGAGAGAUUUUAAUGUGAAAAAUACUAUUUUGAUUCUUCUCGGGAACUGAAUGAAGGUUCUUUACUUGUUCUUCCAUUGUUUUCUUUCUUUCCAUUUUCAGACUCUCACUUAAUUUUCCCAUCCUCUCUCAGUACUUCUCUCAAACUGGGUCCAGAUUGAAGAUUUUUCAUUUUGUCCUUGAAAAUGUUUUGGGCUUCUUGUUCUUUCAAUUAACAAUUUCAUGAAAAUCCGAAAAACUCUGCCGUGGGAAUAUCUGGUUUGGGUGGGUAUAAUCUGUGAAAAGACUGAGAUUUAUUGGAUUCAGUGAACUGGGUUUUGUUCUACGAGAUUCGUGGAUUAAAUGUGUGUUUUUGAAUUUAUAUUCUUUAUUCGUAUAUAUGUAUAUUAAAUGAAUGAAAUCCAGUAUAUCCACUGUAUUUCUCAGCAGUUAUUUUUUUCUUGUUACCUUUUUCUAUGCUUCCAAUCACCUUUAAUUUCUUUCUUGUGAGUUCUUUGCUUGCAAUCUCUCUCUCUCUCUCUCUCUCUCUCUCUCUCUCGUGUGCUCGCGCUUUAUUUCGUGAAGAACCCGAUUCUAUCUGAACACAAAGGACGAAUUCGCUUUUCUUUCUUCUCUUUUCACCACCUAUUUCCUUACUUUUUUGUCUCUGCUUCUUCACCAGCUCUUCCCUUUCUUAUCCGGCGAGAGAGAGAGAGAGAGAGAAGAAACAAAUAAGCGCAUAUAUAGAGAGAGAAAACAAAGACACGUAUGUAUGUUUGGAGAAAGAGAAGCAGAGAUAUCUGGGCUAACUAAAUCGAUCCAUCAUUCGUUUGCCUAUCUUUAGUAUAGAAGAAAACCCAAACCCCUCUCUACUUUCGGCGUAAUUUUCGAGUAAAGAUCUGAAGGGUUUGUUUUUGGAAGCAUUAUCUGAGGUGGGUUCGAUCGAAUUUUGGGCCGUCGAAGCCGUUUUCAAUUCGAUGUUUGUGUUUCUGUUAUCGUCUCGGAAAUGGACAAGAAUCGAGACAUGAGGCGUGGAGGAGCGAGUCGGUCCUCGCCUGCGAAUCGACAAGUUAUUAAGCAAUCUGGUAUGGAUAAUAAUUUUGAGGGCACUGUUUUCUCGAAGAAAUUGAAGAAAGAAAGAAUGAGAAGAUUGAGCGUUGUUGGUAAAGUGAAUUCUAGUAACGAAAACGGCGAAAUGGGUUGUGCUGGGUCUGAAUUCGAAGAUGAGAUUCGUAACACAACAAGUAUUAGCAAGAGAUUUAGGUUUCCCCAAAAGGUUUUUCAUGAAUGCAACACAGUUGAUCAUGCCUCUGUUCCUCGGAAGCUACGGUCAGCCAUGAAGAAGCGCAACCGUGAAUCCAUUUCUCCACCAUUCCCAGAUAAGAAGGAGACAAACCAUGGGACCAAUGGAGUUGAAUUACCGGGCAUAAAGAAAUCCAGACUGAACGUAGUACAACCAGAAGAUCCAGAUGGAUCUCCAAGCCGGCCAAUCACAAAAGAUGAGGAAGAAGUGGUAGAGACUCUGUAUGCCUUGGCGGAUAUGUUCCCAAACAAUAACAAGAAUGGCUUGGAUGGUGAAUUGGAAAAACCAAAAUCUUAUCCUUCGCCUGAGGGAGAGAGUUCAAGGCCUGCAUGUGAAGAUUAUGCCGCUCCUGAAAAGGAAGAGGACUCAAAGUCACUUUGCCUCUCAACUACUUCUGAGGCUGAGGCUGUCAAUCCUUCAUUGUUAGAAGGAUCGGCUCAAGACAGUGUAGAAGUCAAAUGUUUGAAGGAAUCAUCACAACCCGGUUUUCCCAACAGCACCCAAUUGCUUACAGAAUUGGAUAAUACCAUUUCUCAAAGAAAUGUCCAAGCAAUGUUUCCAAUGUCAAAGAGCGAACCUAUCUGUGGGAAACAAGCCUGCAGUUCUGUUGGUUGCAAUGUUCAAUCUGAACUAAGCCUGGAAACUGGCUCUAAGCUGCCCAAACAUGAGGAAGCUGCAGCUUGUGUGAGAAAACCCGAGAUUGCAGUGGGAAAAGCUGCAGUUGUCAGUAGUCAACAUGAACUACAUCACACCCUGAAGGAGAGUAAAAAUAGUGGUUCGGCAUUGUGGCCAGGCUUGUCUUCAGCAGCAUCCAAUGGUGAUGGCACUCAGAGACCUUCCUUGAAGUUAUCCACCCCUAAGAUUCCUGCUUGGUUGGGUAUGACAGCUUCUGCAACCCAACCUGGUUCAUUGGAUAAUGGUGUUUUAACUGUAAAGGAUUCUAGAGCUCUAGUUGCUAGAAAGAAGAAGUCAUGGAAGAGAUGUUCAGCUCAUGUUUACAUAUGCCGUCUCAUUAAGGUCUUGGAAAUUGCUGAGAAAACAGGCAGGUUGCCUAUGCAGCCUACUCAGUUGAUACUGAAUGAAGGACCAAACGGAGUUCUUUCAACACCCAACAGCCUAAACGGGGUGAGAACUGGCCUAAAUGGAGCCGUUUCUGCAUACAACACGGUUGGUUCUCCUGCUGAGAAGAAUCCAGAUGAAGUUAGGAAUGUUAAUCUUUUCCACACGAGGCUUCUUCAAGAUCAGCAACAGGCUUCCACAUUGUUGCCUCUUAACUCUCCACAAAAGCAGUGUUAUGAUUUCUUGUCCUUGUCAGCUGGAGGUGGUGGUGGUCGUGGUUGUAGUGGGGUGGGAGCUACUAAUCGUAUUGAUCAAAUCGGAGGGGGAUUGGAUCCAUUGACACAAUUUCACAGUCCUUACAUGCAAUCACUCGAGCAAAAUCACACAAUCAUGCAGUUCUCUCUCCCCCAAAAUCGGUUUUCCUCCACUCCUUUCAGUGACCAUCUAUCAUUAGCUGCAUCAAAGCAGGUCCAGAUGCAACCGCCUCCAUACCUGGGAAGCUCAAUUUUGGGCCCUCCUUAUUUGGGCAACGCUGCAUCGCCAAAACAACAGCAGCAACAACGGAUGUGGACAGCUCAGUUGGCAGCGCAAUACAAGCCUGUGGGACUUGCCGCAUCCCACACUCCCAGCUGGCAAAACGGAAAACAAGACCCUUCUCUUGCAAUCCACUAUGUCCAAUCCAUUCCCCCACAUCCUUCGCAUCAUUCGCUAGAAGUACUUGGCCCUAGGUAUGCCCCAAUCUCACAACAACAGCUUAUUGGUGUCACUUCAUCGUUGCCCUCUUCCAGAUAUAAAGGGCAAUACCAAGUGAAUGGAGUUGGUUCCUAUCCUGAUACUGCUCUGCCACUGCAAUUGCUCUGCAAUGAACACUUCUAAAUGAGAGAUGGCCAGAUGGGUCAUCGUUGGUUUGUUUUCUCAUGUGCAUACGCUUUAGACUAGAAAGAGCAAAACUCGAUUGAAGAGGCAAAUAAAAAACCUUAUGUUUUGUAGCGUGUUUCGACAUCUACAGAGAGGCAUAAAGAGUAGAAGAUGCAUAAUUUAGUGUUCCAGAGUAGUCUUUUGUAAUCUGACAUGCUCAGUGCGAAAGAAAAGUGUUUUCUUGGUUCUAAAAUGAUGACAUGAUGGAUAUAUAUAUACACACCAUUGAUAUUUGCUUCAAUUGUAGCACAAUCAAUCAUAGAAAAAAUGCGAGAGCUCUCUCUCUACAUUCUUUCCUUUAUGCUGUGUUUGAUUGGGAAAUUUGAAAAGGAAAAGGGAAAAGUGUAUGAAACUAUGUGAAAUGUAGGUAUAUUUUAUUCACAUUUCACAUAACUUUUUAUUUUUAUUUUUCUAAAUCCCUUCUCAAAUCUCCCAACCAAACACAACAUUAGGGUUUUGCUUGGAACGCCGCUUGGGGAGGGGGAGCGGGCCUCGGGCCACCUCUCUCCUCCCUCCCCUCCUUUUUCUCUUCUGCACCCUUUUUGGUUCAAUAAACUAUGGGAGCUCUGUCUUCCCACUCUCUCCUUCCAUGGGUGGUGUUCUUCCCCUCUUGGUGGAAGUUUAAUGUUGGAAUUCUCCUCUCCCUUUCCCGCCAAUGCUAGAUUUGCCUUGUUCCCCCUCCGCCGACUCACACUGAAGUUGCCACCAACAUUCCGCCACCAGAUCUACCUUGGAUAUGGCUGUUUUGAGUCUGAGGUCAAGUCAUUUUUUCCUAUUUUUGCUUUGUUUUAUUUGGUUUUUGGUUGUGUUCUUAGAGUCCAUCUGUGGUUGUAACUUACCCAUUCUGUGAUUGUAACCUAUGAUUUAUCUCAGACAUGUUUUAACGCCGAACUCUUAUGAUCGGUUCUGUUUCGUAGUA